AUGAGCGACGUGGAAGAUUUGGAAAUUAUCGAAGCUGGAGAAGUUUUGGAAGCUAUGAAAGCUUCGGAAGCUGUGGGAGAUGCGAGAACUGUGGAGAAUGAAGAGGGUGCUGCGGAAACUGUGGGAGCUGUGCAAAAAUUGGAGACUGUGCAAGCUGUGAAUCAAGAAGAUAUGGAGGGUUCAGAUGAUUCGGAUGAUUCGGAAGAUUCUGAAGAUUCGGAUAUGGAGAUUGCAAAAACUGUCGUAGCAAAGGAAACUGUGAAAGCUUUGGAAGUUAAGAAACCUGUACAAGAUUCGGGAAUUGUGAAAACUAUGAAAGGUGAAGAAACUGUGGUAACUGUGGCAAUUGGGCAAAAAUUGGAGACAUCAAAAACUGUGCAAGCUGUUAAUCAAGAAGAUAUGGAAGAUUCAGAUAGUUCGGAGGACUCAGAUGAUUCUGAAGAUUCGGACAACUCAGAUGACUCAGAUACAUCAGAUGAUGAGGAAGAUGUAGAAGAUGAGAAACCCGGGAAGGAGAAUAAAAAAACGCUCACAGGAGAAUCACUCAUUGAUAAACUUUUUGAUGGAUUGAAUGAUGAAGAUUAUGAGAAAAAAUAUGAGGCUCAGCAACUUAUCUUUAUGUAUGUUAAACUUUUGAAUAAUCAUGAAGAAGUUGUACCAAAACUGGUUGAUAUGCUCAAAGCGAGACCGCUCACUUAUAGUGAAAUAUAUGUACUUGUUGAGUGUAUCGUUGAAAUUUACCAAUACUUGGACAUUGAUCCUGUUAAUUUUUUCAUGGAAGAAAUGUUUGACAAAACUCCAAUGGUUAGCACUACAAGACAUAUGAUUCUUCUCAUUCUCACCAAUUUUGGUGUUGAAGACAUUCCUGACACUUUAUUGGAAAGAGCAGAAGAAGAAAAAGAUGGAAGAAAGACAUUGAUUUAUUUAAAAUACCUUGACGAAUUCGGAUUCAGUUCAUAUGCAGAUGACGAAGAAACACAGGCUAAAGAAGAAGAAGAAUUCAAGAAAGAUGUUGCUAAUAUUUAUCUUCGAGUACUGGAGACACAUUUUGGAGAUCCGGUUUUGAUUGCACAACUUGACGAAUUAAGCUUUUUUGAUUUUUAUACAUUUGCAUCAGGAGCUUAUGACUACAUGAAGAAAAAUAGUGACAAAAAAGAAGAAGCUCAUUUCUAUGGAUGGUUUGGUAUGAAAAUAUUAUUAAUGGCUAGACGUAUCUUGAAUCGCAAUGAACCACAAAAUCUGAAAAUGGAAUUUCUUGCUAAAAAGGUUUGUUAAUUUUCAAUAUUUGUUUUUAUCACUAACAUAAAUACAUAUUUUGUUUCAGUAUCUCAAAAUAGUAGAUCAAUUUGAACUGAUGAAUGCCAUUGAUAAAAUACGAGAGGAAAAAAUUCUGACAAACAAUGAAAUAUGGUCGGUUUGUAAAGAAAUCUACGACCAGAAUGCGCCAACAAAUUCUAUCUGUAAGACAGCAUUGCAGUUCUUGCUAACUGUUUACGCGACUUGUCAUCAUGCUGAUCUGAUGUCCUAUGGACAUCCAGACGAAUUGGAAUAUUGA